AUGGCAGAAGACGACCUGGUGGGAGAAACUGAGGAUGGAGCAUCAUCUGCUAGUGUGAGCAAGGACAUUCUUCCCACAUAUCCCACAGCUAAGGAGGCCAAUCUUUCAGAUUCCAAAGCUGUUGAUGGUGCCACACAGAAGACAGAAACAACUGCUCUGCUGAACAACUCGGGGCAGCAACCUCAAGAACCCGCAGAUGAGUCAAAGAUGCCAGGCAGACUGAAGCAAAUAUGCGCCUGCCCUCCACAAGGGAUACUUUCCAGAACAAUAACAUACGGAGCAGCCGUGGUGCUGAUCUGGGCGGUGGUCUGGUCUAUUACAGGCCAAGAGUGUCUUCCUGGUGGGAACCUCUUUGGGAUUUUGUUCCUCUUCUUUUUUGCUGUAAUUGGUGGCAAAUUGAUGGGGCUGAUUCAAUUACCCGGUCUGCCUCCGCUCCCUCCUCUCCUUGGAAUGUUGCUUGUAGGAUUUCUCCUUCGAAACAUCCCCUCAGUCAGUGACCUAAUCCAGAUAGAUACAAAGUGGUCGGCUGCCCUAAGAAGUAUUGCCCUCGCUAUUAUCCUGGCCCGGGCUGGCCUCGGACUUGACCCAAAGGCUCUGAAAAAAUUAAAGGCUGUCUGUUUACGAUUGAGCUUCGGGCCUUGCUUCACUGAAGCAUGUAUAGCAGCGGUCCUGGCUCACUAUCUGAUGGACCUGCCAUGGAUCUGGGGAUUUCUGUUAGGGUUUGUUCUAGGGGCUGUUUCCCCUGCUGUCGUGGUUCCCUCCAUGCUGCUUUUGCAAGCCGGAGGCUACGGUGUUGACAAAGGUGUCCCAACCUUGCUCAUGGCUGCUGGCAGCUUUGACGAUAUCUUGGCCAUCACGGGCUUCAACACCUGCUUGGGGAUAGCCUUCUCCACAGGCUCCACCCUUUUCAGUGUUCUCCGUGGUUUGCUGGAGGUUGCGAUUGGAGUAGCUGCUGGUGGGCUUCUAGGUAUUUUUGUACGGUACUUUCCAAGCAAGGAUCAGGUAUCAGUUGUAUGGCGGAGAUCAUUCUUUCUAGUAGGCCUGUCUGUGUUUGCUAUUUUUAGCACCAACAACUUGGGCUUCCCUGGAUCUGGAGGGCUCUGUACCAUUGUCUUGGCAUUCCUGGCUGGUCUUUCAUGGGCUGAUGAGAAGAAAGAGGUAGAAAAAAUUAUUCGAGUUGCCUGGGAGAUUUUUCAACCCUUUCUUUUUGGUUUAAUUGGAGCUGAAAUAUCUGUCCUCUCUCUCAAACCAGAAACGGUUGGACUUUGUGUAGCCACGCUAAGUAUUGCGUUAGCAGUACGAAUUAUUGCCACGUUCUUGCUGGUAUCUUUUGCUGGCUUUGAGUUGAAGGAGAAAAUCUUUAUUUCACUGGCGUGGAUCCCCAAAGCAACCGUUCAGGCCGCGAUCGGCUCAGUUGCCUUAGAUACGGCACGAACUCAUCAAGAUCAGACGUUAGAACAAUAUGGCAUGGAUGUCUUGACAGUGGCUUUCUUAGCAAUUCUGAUCACGGCACCAAUUGGAGCUCUGAUCAUUGGCCUGGCAGGACCCAGGCUGCUCCACAAGGCAGAUGCUGGCAGCGAAGACCAUGAUAAGCAUGAAAGAACAGAAGAAAUUGACAUAUCUGGACGGGUAUAG